ACUGUGAUUGCAGUGUCUGGCCACUCUGGACUUGGACACUGGAUGCUAGACAUUACAUCACUGAUGUAAAACAUAAUUCAUUGUAUUCGGGCAGGAGUCAAGCAAAGAACAAACCAGAACAGGCCAGAAUACUUGUCCAGUUGACAACGAUAUCACGAUAACACGUUUACAAAAUUAAUGCAGUAUGUCUUGCAACAUUUGCCAAGCGAAAUUCUCGUUCUUUACUAAGGAGGUUGCUUGUCCAGGUUGUGGUUAUUCGCACUGCGGUAAGUGUCUGAAAUACAAAUGUACCAUUCCGGAUGGAAGGGUAGCAAAAGUCUGUGGACGUUGUUACAACAAUUACAAUUCCGUGAAGAAAGUGAAUUCCUUGGAUCGUACAGCCAUGUCGCACGAGCAGGAGGAAUCCCUUGCUCUGGUGGACAUUACUAAAAAGUUAGAUUCGUUGGAGAAUCCAGCAAAGCCACCCAUCGUAAUGUACAAACAUGCCAAUCACUGGGACAAAUUCAAGAGCGGUUUAGAACCUGUCGACCAAGUGAUAGUAGAUAGAUUAAGAAAAUUAAAAGAGAAAGACAAAAGUUCAGCUUUGAGCGUCGACGAAAUAAGGAAAAGACUUGCAUUAUUGAAAGACGAAGAUCCUGGCGGUGCUGGUAACAGCAAAACAAAUAUACAUUUAGUGGACCUUAGAACGGACCAACAGAAAACCGACGAUUUGAUACAGGAAUAUUUGAACCAGUUGGAAUUAACGUCAGGUAGCGACCCUAUUAGUGAAAUUCAUUCGAGACUGAGAUCUCUGCGGGGUUUGAGCAACAUACACGAAAGACAUUCGGACGAAAUUACCGACGACGACGACGACGACGACGACGGUAACGACGAGGAGACACGAAUAACGAAAAAAUUGAUCGCGAAAGCUCUGGCAGAAGCAGCCCUAGAGAAACAAUACGAAGAAGAUAUAGAUGAAUUGGAGGACAUGGAAGUCGAUACAUCCAAGCGUGUUUAUAAGGAAGACAAGGAGGCAAAGGACGAAGACGAAGAGAAGCCUACAUGCGUUAUGUGCGAUGAGAGUCGAAACCUAGAGAAAUGCUUGGGUUGUUACGGCGAUCUUUAUUGUUCCGCAUGCUACGAAAAUAAUCACGACGAAUCUGAAAUGAAGAAGCAUAAAAAGAUACGAAGCCUGUAGAUAAGCAACGAGUCGAUGCAAGAGUAUUGUAAGUAAAAAUGUGAAUGGAGGCACCAAAGCAUACCGAUAGGAGUAGGAAAGUCGAAUAAGAAGAAGAAGAAGAAGAAGAAGAAGAAGAAGAGUGCAACGAGUAGAAGCGUAUGCGCGUUACGUGCGAUCGGACAGAAAAUUUAGGGUAACGUUCAAGUACCAACGGUAAUUUUAAUCGUCCCGUGCGAAGGCCGCGAACUCGCUGUAAUUGAAAAAGCACAAUAUCAUCGUACUCUACAGGAUAGAAAUGUUUGAAAGAAAAUGCUUCUCAAGGCUAGUAACAAAGUGCAAUUUGAACGUUCGAUUACCAACUAGAAAUGGUCGCGAAAAGUUCACAAGUAGAGUCGGUUAUAAGUAUUCGAUUGCGGUAAUAGAGAUAUUAUCAUCGAGAUAGAAGCGUUUCAUGUAUUUCCACAGCAUCUCUAGCAUUUCAUGCGUAUUCACACAUACGUAUAUAUAGGUGCACGAAUAUGCGCGCGCGCACACACACAUACGGUACCGCUUACAAGUGUUCGAACGGUACGAACACACGACUAAUAGGAUAAAUUCUAUCGAGUCGUAAUAGUUGGAAGCUACGACCGAUAGGUCUAUAUAUACUUAUUGAAAAAUGGUUUUAUAAUGUUAUCGAUCGACGCGAUCUAAUUAAUAAAUAGGCAUGCUUUUGCUGUAACAACAUA